UUGCGACAGGGAGGCCAACAUUACAAUUCAUAAGAUAAGAAAAAAAGUAUGGGUGUGUUCUGAAAUUUUCAAUUUACGCUAUACGCUUAUAUUGUCAAUACCGAAAUUGUUUUUCUUUAAAUAGACAAUCGAUUUAUACGAUAUCUACAAUAUUUAAAUCGAUUUUAGUUUUCCGAAUCGAUUAAGAAUAUCGAAAAUCGUGACGCAAAAGAUCGAUUUUGGGGAGAUCGAUUUAAAAUCGGCAUUCUUAGUUCAAAGUGAUCGUAUUUCGUGAUAUAUCGAAGAGACUUCAACGAAUGCCAAUUUUAUUAUUCUUUAAUCGACGACGAUGAUUUAUUUCAAUUUUUGAUCAUUUAGAAAUGAAUAAGAUUUGUGAGGUGUAACGUAAUUAAAAGAUUCGUGAAAGUUUUCUUCUCUCCUUCUCUCGUUUUCUAUCUUUCUCUUUCUCUUUCUCUUUCUGUACAUCACUUAAUGACUGUUUAUCGUUUGAAAUUUCUUAUUUCCCUCUGUUCGUUUGAAAUACUUUCAUUUCAGGUUUACAAUUUGUAAAUAUUUUCUGUUCUGUUUAGAAAAAUAGAAGAGAUGUUAAAAUCUUAAAAGACUAUCGCUAUUUUAAUGAUCUUGUCAAUCAAUAACGUGAUUAAGUUAUUUUUAUUAUCUAAAUUAUUAGGGAACAUUAUUACUUAUAAUAUAUGGCAGAAGAUACCGAGAUAUGUGGUGGCUUUUUGGAUGCUAAGCUAUCAGGAACAAGAUGUGUAACACAAAAAGUGAGGAAAAGAUCUUUAGCGCCAUGGAAAGUUUGGAAAAGACAUUGGUGUACUGUCAAAAAAUUGGGACCAGGUUUAGGAAUAGAAAUACAAUUAGAUUAUGGCAUAAGUAGUGGUGGGAUUUCGCAGAAUGAAAAGGACAACUCAAUUGUAAUACCUUAUGAUGCCAUUGUAUAUCGUACUCAAUCGAAAUCUAAACAGUUUGCAUUUGGCAUAUUCUUAAAUAAAGAGAGAAAACCAUUAUUGUAUUUAUCUGGGAACUCGGAAACAGAAACACAGCGUUGGAUGUCAAAUAUUCGUCAAUUAUUAAAACCAAGGAAACAUAGAUUAAUGGAUGGAUUCUAUAAUAUAUCUAUAGUAGAUAAUGCACAUUCCAGAUUGGCAGGUUUAACUGGCUUAUAUGGAGACUUAGUAGCCAGUCAAAUGGGGGUAUUUAUCAAAGAUAUUCAUUCAGGUGAAAUAAUACAAAAUCUAAAAUGGAAGGAAAUGAAGCAAUUUCAUUUAACUACAGCUGGUCGCCCGGAAGAUGUAAAACGUAUAUGUGUAAUUCAUACCACUAAAGAGUUCAAUGCUGGUGUUGGAGAACUUCAUGUAUUUUGUUUGAAGGCUAGCAAAUUGUUACAGGAUUUAGUGACUCAGGGCCGUGGUCCAAAGCACAAACAUAUCGAUAAAAGACCAUUAAGUUUAAGUGAAGGUGAUCUUAGAAUAUCAGGACAUUGUGAAGAAGGAAAUGAUGUUAAAUCUUUAAACGAUAUGACAAAUGGUCAUAACCUUGAUAAAGUUAUGAAUGAGAAACAACCUAUAGUCACUAGAGUUGUAGAUAAUGUUUAUCAACAAAAACCAACUAGUAUCCCUGAUAUUGUAUCAAGUAUAAAAGACUUAGAUACUUCAUCGCAUAGAAGAAUUUCCAAUGUUUCUGUGGCUUCUGGUGUUUAUGAAGAAAUUAUUGAUAAUACUAAUUGUUCCAGAAUCGUUUCGGUAACUUCAAAUUUUUAUGAAGAUCCAGAAGAACUUAUUUUUAGCUCUCACAAUCUUCAAUUGCAACCGCCACCGUUGCCACCUCGACAGCGGUGCGGAUCUGCAUCUACAAGAAAUGGCAGCAUUAGUGAAGAUGGUUUAGAUUCUGAAGGAGAUACUAGAUCUGUUACUCCGAAUGAUAUCACACCACUUUCUGAAGAUAAGAUAAUACAUUCACAGCAAGCAAUAAUAGAUCAUUCUGAGUAUGUUCCAAUGUCACCUAGACCAAAAGUCAUCACUUCUUAUCAUCUUGAAGUAGAAAAUUCUUCCCAAGAGGAAAUUUACAUGGUCAUGCAAUAAUAGCACAAAUACAUAAAAUUUACUUAUGCAUCAAGUUAUGCUUCAAAUCACUCAAUAUGAGUGUUAGAAAAUGAUAUAUCAUGAAUAUGUUUUAAACAUUUCUAACGAAUAUGUUAGCUUUCUAAAAAUAGCUUGAACUUUGUAUCUAUCUGGCAUAUAAUGCAUAAUAUUCUCGUGUGAAAGUUCAUAUAUUUUCUAAUUGGAAGCAGGGUAAUUAAAGUGUGAAUAUUUUCAUAUAUAUGUUUGAAGGAUAUAAUCGUAUGCAUUAAAUUUUAUCUAUAUACAUUUCUAUUAUAAGUCAUUUUUAAUUAUUAGCUUGGUAUUAUAUAUACUUUAGGUUGAUAAUUCACUUCAUUAUUAUUUUGAGUGUAUGUUGCCUUUACUUAUAUUAAGGGAAAUGAAAUUGUGAUCUCUUUAUAUAACAUUUAAAAUGUUUAUGUCAAAGGUUUAUAUAUUUUGAUAAAUAAUUAUUUGUGCUGAAGUAUUACAAAUUUUAGUACAUUUUUUUUUUUUUUUU